AUGGUUUUCCAGCAUGGCACGGAAACGAAGUGUUCCCAAGCUUCUUCAGUUGAUCUGGUUGAUAUUUGUAACGCUUGUGCAUUUGAUCGCGUGUCCUUUUGCUAAGGUUGAAGAGAGUUUUAACUUGCAAGCCAUCCAUGACAUAAUUUAUCACAGAUUUGAAUUGGAGAAGUAUGAUCAUCAUGAAUUCCCUGGUGUGGUUCCUCGCACCUUCAUUGGGCCGUUGUUCAUCUCAGCACUCAGCACACCUAUGGCUGCUUUACUCUCCCUCUUUGAGGCACCAAAGUUUUACACGCAGAUUAUAGUGCGUGGUGUUCUGGGGAUGUGCGUCUGUCUGACUCUAUGGCACAUGCAAAAACAGGUGCAGAGACAGUUUGGAUCUCAGGUCUCUUACAUCUUCUGCCUAAUGUGCACUUCACAGUUUCACCUGAUGUUUUACAGCACAAGGACUCUGCCGAACGUGUUCGCACUGCCUAUAGUUUUGCUGGCCUUCACAUUCUGGAUGGCUCAGCGGCACGGCCCGUUCAUCACGGCCUCUGCUUUUGUCAUCAUCGUGUUCCGUUCAGAGCUGUGCCUCCUGCUUGGACUCAUGUUGCUGUCACUUCUAUCCAAGAAGCUCCGUAUAAAAACGUUGCUUUAUUAUGCUGUACCAGCUGGCAUUUUGUCACUAGGUUUCACUAUUACUGUUGAUUCUGUGUUCUGGAGGAAGCUGCUUUGGCCUGAAGGCCAGGUCCUCUGGUACAACACAAUUUUGAACAGAAGCUCCAAUUGGGGAACCUCUCCGUUUCUCUGGUACUUCUAUUCGGCUGUUCCUCGGGCCCUUGGUGCCACCACCGUCUUUGUUCCGUUGGGUCUUUUGGACAGGAGGAUGCGCACGCUGCUCAUUCCGGUCGUAGGCUUCAUCCUGUUGUACUCCUUCCUGCCACACAAGGAACUCCGCUUCAUUAUAUACACGUUCCCUAUCUUUAAUGUAGUGGCGGCUCGUGGAUGUUCCUUAAUUUUAAACAACUAUCAAAAGUCAUGGCUGUAUAAAAUUGGAUCUGUUGCUGUAAUCGGACAUUUGGUGGCCAAUGGCAUUUAUUCAAGCAUUUCGUUAUAUGUUUCACAUCACAACUACCCAGGAGGCAAAGCCAUGCAGGAGCUGCACACUUUAGUGCCUGCUAAUUCAGAAGUGAACUUGCACAUAGAUGUCUUUGCUGCGCAGACCGGUGUCUCACGCUUCUUGGAGCUAAAUAAUAAGUGGAGGUAUGACAAGAGAGAAGAUGUGAUGCCUACAGACCCACUCAUAAAGACGUACUCACAUGUCUUGAUGGAGGCAAACACAACGCUUGUAUCACUACUAAGUAGUUCACACAGACCCCUCAUCUACAUCCAGGGUUAUGAACGCUUGAUCGUUAACGCUUCUCGGUUUCCUCCACUCAGCGUUCAACUAACCAAUAAGCUUGUGCUUCUCGAGAGCUUGACACACACACGGCUUAACUGAUGCAGACCUGGAGUACGUUUGUACGAGUUAUCACCUAAAAGAUCUUUUUCUUCUCCCAAUAAAACAUGGCAGCACUGUGAAGCUCUGAUCUUAACUGGCUCCCUCUGAAAGCUCUACCCCCUUCCUCCAAUCUGAAUCUUUGUCUAUUGCUCGAACUCGAUUUUCAGCAUCUCAAACGGAAAUGUAAAACACUCGAAAGAAAAAGGUCUUGAGAACAUUAAUGUGAAUUAAAAACUUGAAUGUUUUGCAGUUUAACCAAAUUUUCAGCAAAAAAUUGUAUUUUAGAUAAAGUUUGUUUGAAGUGUGUGUGUUGGGGGGUGGGGGGUGGGAGGUUCAACCGUGUGAGAUUUCAUGGCUGCUACAAGGAACAUGUGGUGAUUGAUUUGUUUACAACCUAUAGUGACGAUUACUGUUGUUAAUCUCACAAUGUUUACAUAUAAAAUGUCCAAAUAUGGUAAACUUUAUUUUUUUUUAAAUAAAGCACAUCCUACAGUUGUUCAACGGUUG